UUUGAAAUGUACUGACUUCGGAGUUUUCGUGGUGAAAAUAAAAGUGAAACUUGAACAAAUAUAUGAGCGAUUGUUUUGAUUUGCGAAUUUUAAUAGUACAAAAUAGCCUCCGAAAUUUAUACAAAGUUGGAACAAGCCAAUAUUUGGUAUUAUUGAAAAGAGGAGGGGCAUCUGAAAAACAUGCUAAUAAAUAACACUUGACACAAAGAUUGCUUAAUAUAUAUUUCUGGAAGAGAAUUUUUUUGUAAAAAGGAAAGUGGCUGAUGCAGUUGCUUUGGCUAUUUUGCUUUUAGACUACGGAGGAUGACCAGUGCCAGUAGUAGCAUUGUUCAUGGUGAGAUUUUGGUGGCAGCCUGUGACUCUGGAACAACGACACAAUUAAUGGAGGAACAUCGCAGCUGUUUGGCUGCCACAAAUGAAGUAAUCAAUCACGGCCACUCGAGCAGACUGCAAUCAUCAAGAUUUGCAUGCUUGAGGUGUUGUGGCAACUUAAUCAACUAUUUGAUACGUUUGAGAAAUACUCCUGAAGAAUUAGAGCAACGUUACAAAUCAAAAGAAAUUGAUAAGUUUUUAGAAAAAGAAAAACAAACUUUUCGACGUCAGGUAAAACUUUUACUUUUGGGAGCUGGCGAAUCGGGAAAAUCAACAUUUUUAAAACAGAUGCGUAUUAUCCAUGGUGUCAAUUUUGAACCAGAACUGAUUAAGGAGUACCAACGAGUAAUUUACCAAAACGUAAUACGUGGUAUGCAAGUUUUAAUUGAUGCCAGAGAAAAACUUGAAAUUCCGUGGGGCAAUAAUGAUCGAGAUAAAGAUGCAAACGAAACGAAAUCAAUGGAAUGUAGCACGUUAGAAGCGGAAAAAUUUGUUCAGUACGCAGCAAUAAUAAGGCGACUUUGGCAAGACCGUGGGAUUAGACGAGCUUAUGAACGACGGAGAGAAUUUCAAAUUAGCGAUUCAGUAAACUACUUCUUAGACGAAAUUGAUCGCUUGGCAAUGAAUGAUUACACUCCAACACAUAAAGAUAUUUUGCAUUGUCGAAAAGCUACAAAGGGUGUUUAUGAAUUUUCUGUAAAAAUUCAAAAUAUCCCAUUUGUUUUUGUUGAUGUCGGUGGACAACGAACUCAGAGACAAAAAUGGACUCGAUGUUUUGACACUUCUGUUACAUCAAUCAUAUUUUUAGUUUCGACUUCUGAGUUUGAUCAAGUUCUAGCUGAAGAUAGAAUGACAAAUCGGCUAGAAGAAUCUAGAAAUAUCUUCGAUACUAUUGUAAAUAAUAAUACAUUUAAAGGUAUUUCAAUAAUUCUGUUUUUAAAUAAGAUGGACCUGUUGGAACAAAAAGUUAAAAAUCCAGAGACUGAUAUCCGUUGGUUUUAUCCACAAUUCAACGGUAAUCCUCAUUCACUUCUGGACGUGCAAAAUUUUAUAUUGCAAAUGUUUAUGAGCGUUCGAAAAAGUCAACAGAGUCGUACAUAUCAUCAUUUUACAACUGCCAUAGACACACGUAACAUAAAUGUUGUAUUUAAUUCCGUCAAAGAUACAAUUUUACAACGAAAUUUAAAUGCAUUAAUGUUGCAGUAAUAAUUUAAUGUAUCGCUUACCAAAAAAUAAACAAUAUUAAUAAUAAUUACAGUUAUGAUUUUCACUAACUGUUAAAAGAAUAAUCUCGGCAAUAUUAUUUUAAAAUUCAGAUUUGGUUCGUACAUUAGAUAAUUGUUUCAUUUCAAUUAUGUAUCUUAUUUUUUAAUAAUUUCUAAAGAUUUAAAUUGAAUAAUGCAGUGCCAAAUGCUUUUAACAAUGUUUAUAUUGUAUUAGAUAAACGAAUAACACGCGAAUAUAUAAAAUUGAUAAUGCCGAUGAUCAACAAUUAUGUAUUUGUAAUGUAUAUAUUUUUAACAUUCAAUUGAAAUAUUUUAUAUCAUGUUUACACGCAUUUAAGUGUAUGUAUAAGUAUUUAAUGAAAAAAUAGCUCACACGUAUUUUUUAUAUAAGCUGUCAAUUAAAAAAAAAUUAUAUUUUAUUAUUUAAUAUACACCAAAAAACUAUAUAUUAACAAUCAUAUUCUGCACUGUAAACUUACAUUUUAUUCGAGUAUAUGAUGAUGUUUUACUUAUUUAUAUUAUUAAUAGUUGUGGUAACAUUUAAAAUUUACAAUGUAUAUUAUUAUAUAUCUUAAAUAUAUAUAUUUUGUAUAUCUUAAAGAUGUUCAUUUUCUCAUAGAGAAAUAUGCACAUGUGCUAAAAAUAAAUUUAAUAAAAACCCCGUA